GGUUAAUACAUAAAGUACUUAACUGUGUGGGUGUAGUGUACCUCGAGAAGUAGUAUGGGAGAAGCAUCUAUAGUAGGUGCCUGGCAGGCUGUCACGGGCACUGCGAAUGGUUAUCUCAGCGGCACUGAGCCAUGGAAGCUGGUGGCCUAUGGUGCCGCCACUAUGUGGACCAUCAACGUGUUGCAAAAUUCGCAUCGUUCUGACAUAGGUUUAUUCGACGAUCUCAAACGCCGUGUAUUCAAACUGGCUCGGCUGAUCCCAGCUGUUAGCAAGGAGAUUGAAAAGUCAAGGGUUAAGAUGUACACAGACAUGAUGAAAGAGUACAAAAAGCCGGUUGAGGGCGAACAGUACACACCCACUCUGCCCAAGAAUGGCCGGCCCAUCGCAGACGUGGUCAAGGCGUGUCAGUUUAUGAAUGACAUGAGCAGGCAGAAGGCCGACUGGAGCAAAGGCGGAUGCUCAGGCACCGUGUACCAUGGCGGAGAAGAUAUCACAUCACUUGCCAAAGAGGUGUUUGGUAUGUUUGUUUGGGAGAAUCCGUUGCACGGGGAUGUCUUCCCGGGCUGUGUUAAGAUGGAAUCCGAGGUUAUUCAGAUGUGUGCGAAUUUGAUGAACGGGAAGACGGCCUGUGGCAGCAUGACGUCGGGAGGCACAGAGUCGAUCUGCAUGGCUGUACGUACACACAGAGAGUGGGCCAGAGAGACAAAAGGCAUCCAGUACCCCAACAUUGUGGUGGGCGUGUCCGUGCACGUUGCCUUCGACAAAGCGUGCGACUACUAUCGCAUCAAGAUCAAGCACUGCGCUGUAGACCCAGCCACCGGUCGCGUGGACGUGGCUAGCAUGGCCCGUCUAGUGGACAGUAACACUAUCAUGGUGGUGGGCUCGGCACCGUCCUUUCCCCACGGCUGUAUCGAUGACAUCGAAGGGAUCGCACAAAUUGCGCGCAAGCAUAAGAUUGGGAUGCACGUGGACUGUUGUCUGGGUGGGUUCAUUGUGCCGUUUAUGGAUCAAGCUGGCUACCCCGUCAAACCAUUCGACUUCCGCGUCGACGGUGUCACCUCGAUGUCCAUGGACACACACAAAUACGGCUACACGCCCAAAGGCACCUCCGUCGUGCUGUACCGCAACACAGAGCUGCGCCACUACCAGUACUUCGUAAUGGAUUCGUGGCCUGGAGGUAUCUACGCCACCCCCACUCAGGCCGGCAGUCGUCCCGGUGCACUGGCAGCAACCGCUUGGGCGUCCAUGAUGCACUUUGGCAAUGACGGCUACGUUGAAUGUGCGAGGAAGAUCUUACAAGCUCGAGAAACCGUGCAGAAAAUUGUGGUCUCUGUUCCUGGACUGAAGAUAGUGGGCUCCCCCGACGUGACUGUGCUGGCCAUUGGGUCAGAUGUCUACGAUAUCUACCGAAUGGGCAACGAGAUGGGCCACAGAGGAUGGUUCAUAAAUCAGCUGCAGUAUCCGGCGUGCUUCCACAUAUGCUUCACCUAUCUGCAUGUCGAGCAAGAUGUGAUUGAUCGAUUGGUGAAUGAUAUCAAGGAAAUCGCAAAUGAUCUCAUGCAAGACCCCAACAAAAAGCUGACCGAAGGCACUGGUGUCAUCUACGGUAUGGCCCAGGCCGUCCCCGAUAAGAGCAUCGUCUCUGAGUUAGUGUGGGCGUACUUGGAUGUGCAGUACGAGACUCGCCCGUACAUUGAAGGCGAAGAAGAAUGCGCGCACGUGUCUGAGGAGAGUGCAGACCCGAACACUCCCACGGAAACGUUUGUGUCGGCGAAAUAAGGUGCCACUCAGAUACUUAGUGAGUGUAGUAAACGGCGGCUGGUUUUAAUAAAGCUGAUAGAUUGUGCGCGGGUGUGUAUAUGCACACCUGUCUGGGCAUAGCAACUGUAUAUGUACAUCUGACUGGGCAUAGCAACUGUAUAUGUA